UGCAAAGGUAUCUACUAGCACUGGCGUUCACGGUACGAGCACUUCGCCAUGCCUGCUACGUCCUAUGUAUAUGAGGUGCCGCUCUUCUUCCUUGUGCUGUGGAGAAUGGUGGCCGUGGCCGCCGCCGCCGACACUGCCCAGUGUACCGCGUUGAACCAAACGUAUCAAUCCCAGUACGAAAUCUGCCGCAACAAGUCGUCGACACCAUACUCGAGCGGUCGAGAAUGGUGUGCUGUGCCAUCCUGCGCAGACGCCAUCAAGGCAGCAGCCGCUCGUCGCGCAUGCGGGUGCGAGAUCGAGUUGUCGUGCUUGCCGCUGUCGUACUGCACGGACGCGUGCCUUAGCGACCUAGAGGCGUACCAGUCCUCGCACAUCGCAUGCAGCGAGGCCAACCAGACUCUGGUCGUGUCGUCAUGCGCCGCGUGCCAGCAUAUGUUUCCUCAAUAUGCUUCCUUCCAAGCAUCGUGCCAAGUGCAAGCCUCGUCCGCAGAUGCCUACGUAGCCACGUUUCACAACAACCUCGGAGCGCAAUUCGAUUACUGCAUAAAGCAGUUUCCCGCCGCGGGGCUAUCUUUCCCAACCUACGAACUGUCCUCCGACCACCCGAGCACUUCAACCUUGGUUCCAGUGAUCCUGGGUGUGGCCGCAGCAGUGUGCGUCGUCGCUGCGCUUGGCUAUGUACUGUAUCGCAGACGACAAAAGCCCUCUCGACAACAAGGAGGGAUGUGCCGACUGGACGCGGCCUCCGGGACGGAUCUGUCCAGAUACCAGCCCGACUCGUCCACUACCCUGGCGGCGGCGGCGGCAGGCGCGCCUUGGUUGCAUGCUGAAGGCGAAAAGGAACGAUCUCUGACGACCCUUCCACUUCAAGACAUUCGAUUUGACCCUGAGGUCGCGAAAUAUCGAAUUCCCAAGCAAAGCAUCACCGACGUGACCAAACUUGCUACUGGAGGCUUUGGCAUCGUGUUUCGCGCAAAAGUAUAUGGUCGAGAUGUGGCGAUGAAGCAAUUGUUACCGUCCAAAGCCAAAGAUCUCGAUGCGACGGCGGAAUUCAUGCGGGAAAUCCGCCUCUGUGCGCGCCUCAACCACCAGAACAUCGUCCCGUUUGUGGGCAUCGCGUGGUCUACCCUCGUCGACUUGGCCGUUUUGUCCGACUUGAUGCCCCGAGGUGACGUUCAUGAACUGCUUCAAUCCGAACGCCGUUUCGAACGCGUUCAGAACAGACGAUUUCACUGGCGGCGCGCGGCCAGCCCCAACGAAGCCGCGGACGAGAUGACCACGAAAACCAGCGUCGCCCUCGACGUUGGCCGCGCCGUGAGCUAUUUACACGAUCUGUCCAUCAUUCACCGCGAUUUAAAAGCCAAAAAUGUGCUGCUGAGUGCAUCGUUUGAAGCGAAAUUGAGUGAUUUUGGCAUCUCCAGAGUGUCCAAACUGGAUGAAACCAUGACGGCGAAUGUUGGCACGAUCGCUUGGAUUGCCCCAGAGGUACUACUUCUACUGUGAAUGAAUACGACAAUGGAUUGGAACCCUGUGGCUGUUUCGAACGUGUUUCGAACGUGUUUUUUCAAUAGGUGUUGACCGGGGACCGGUACACGACCAAGGCCGAUAUAUACAGCUUUGGCGCGUUUCUUUCGGAAAUGGACACGUUGGGAACGCCGUAUGCGACGGAAACGUCGACGAAUUGCGAAGGCUUUUCCAACGCUCGCAUCGCCAUUCUGGUGAGCCAAGGCCAGCUCCAGCCGUCGUUCACGCACAACAUGCCUCCAACCUUAUUAGCAUUAGCCCGACAAUGUUUGGAAUUUCACGCGUCGGAGCGACCUAGUGCAGCCCAGGUCGUCGCCGCCUUGGAAGCGUUUCUUCAUAAUCCCCAGGAUUGAAGUUAUAGCUGUAAACAGUCGACAACAAAUAGAUAGAUAUAGUACUUACAGAAGGG